AUGGUUCAGGUAGAGAUAGCAGCUUUUUUUACAGUAAUUUGCCUGAUUAUUUCACUGGUUUUUCUGAGGAUUUUUUGGAGAUAUAAGAGCUUAAAAAAAAUAGUAAUUUUAGGUGUUCAAGGCUCAGGAAAAACAUCUUUUUUUACAAAACUUUGUUAUGGUCAUAAACAGAAGGCUUAUACAUCAACACAGUUGAAUGAAGCUGUUUGUUGUUUUUUUCCUGGUAAAAAAGUGAUUUUAGUUGAUUUUCCUGGACAUUUGAAAUUUUAUCAUUUAUUUUCGGAAAUUAAGCAUAUUAGAUGCAUUGUUUUUAUGAUAGAUUCAUCUUCUAUGAUAAAGAAUGCGGAUCAUGUUGUUUAUCAGCUUUAUAGGCUUUUAAAAGAUGCUCGUUCCAAGAAAAUUAGACAUAUUUUGAUUGCAGCUAAUAAAGAAGAUUUAUUUACGUCUCUUCCCUGUACAAAAAUAUCAUCUAUUAUUGAAGAAAAGUUGUCAGAGAUUGUUUUAUUUCGUUUAAGAGGUAUUGCUGAAAUUGAUAAAGAAAUUGAUGAUGAUGAUGAUUGGUUGCUUAAUUCUGAAAAAACUAUCCAUCUAAAUAAUAUAGAAGGUUUUGAUAUUGCUGUUUUAACUGGUAGUGUAAAAAAUGAUCAUCUUUCUCCUUGGACAAAUUGGAUGUCACGUUUUUUCUAACUAAUUAGAUUUUAUUUUCCUUUUAAAGUUAUUCUGCUGGAAUUAUUUUAUUCUAAAAUUCAUAUUUAUUUCUAUCUUUGAGCUACUUAAUCAUUUUUUAUUUCUUGGUUCUAUUUUUUACAAGUUUAUCAAAAACAUUAAACAUGUUUAAUAUUUUUAUUUUAAAUAGAUUUCUUUGCUUCUAGA